CCAAAUUUUGUUUUCAAACAUUCAUUCAAUUUUCAACAAAUUCCUAUUGCUAAUCCUUCACAUAUAAAUACCGCCAUACCCUCCUCACCUCUCUCAAUUCUCAACCAUAAACUGAGCUUAUUAUAAUCAACCAUGGUACUCUCAGAAGCAAAACUCUCUGAUGGAGACUCUUAUAUUCAGUCCACUUUUGCUUCGCGCCAUCUCCAAACUCCACUUCCUCGAUUCUGUAUGCCGGAUAAUUCUAUACCCAAAGAGGCAGCUUACCAAAUAAUAAACGACGAGCUAAUGUUAGACGGGAACCCACGUCUGAACUUGGCGUCGUUUGUAACUACAUGGAUGGAAUCAGAGUGUGAUAAGCUUAUGAUGGCUGCUAUGAACAAAAACUAUGUUGACAUGGAUGAGUACCCUGUUACCACUGAGAUUCAGAAUAGGUGUGUGAACAUGAUAGCAAGACUGUUCAACGCUCCCUUGCAUGAAUCAGAGACGGCCAUCGGAGUUGGGACGGUAGGCUCAUCCGAAGCCAUAAUGCUAGCCGGGCUCGCCUUCAAAAGACGUUGGCAGAACAAGCGUAAAGCUCAAGGCUUGCCUUUUCAUAAACCCAACAUUGUUACUGGAGCCAAUGUUCAGGUGUGCUGGGAAAAGUUUGCAAGGUAUUUUGAAGUGGAACUGAAAGAAGUGAAGCUAAGAGAAGGAUAUUAUGUGAUGGAUCCUGCUAAGGCUGUGGAAAUGGUGGAUGAAAAUACCAUAUGUGUCGCCGCUAUUCUUGGUUCUACCCUUAAUGGAGAGUUUGAAGAUGUCAAGCUCUUGAAUGACCUUUUGAUUGAAAAGAACAACAAAACUGGGUGGGAUACUCCAAUACAUGUGGAUGCAGCGAGUGGAGGAUUCAUAGCACCAUUUCUGUACCCAGAGCUUGAAUGGGACUUUAGACUUCCUUCGGUGAAAAGCAUAAAUGUGAGUGGCCAUAAAUAUGGUCUUGUUUAUGCAGGUAUUGGAUGGAACAUCUGGAGGAGUAAGGAAGAUUUGCCCGAGGAGCUCAUCUUCCAUAUCAAUUAUCUCGGAACUGACCAACCUACCUUUACUCUCAACUUCUCUAAAGGUUCAAGUCAAGUCAUUGCACAAUAUUAUCAGCUAAUCCGGCUUGGUUUUGAAGGAUAUAAAAGUGUAAUGGAGAACUGUCAAGAAAAUGCUAUGCUGUUGAAGGUUGGAUUAGAAAAGACAGGGAGAUUUAACAUUGUGUCUAAAGAUUAUGGUGUCCCACUAGUGGCUUUUUCUCUAAAAGACCACAAUUUGCACAAUGAAUUUGAAGUUUCGGAGAUGCUAAGGAGGUUCGGAUGGAUUGUUCCAGCCUACACCAUGCCAGCUGAUGCACAGCAUGUAACAGUACUCCGAGUUGUAAUACGAGAAGACUUCUCCCGGACUCUGGCUGAGCGACUAGUGCUCGACAUCACCAAGGUGUUACAUGAGCUCGAUCAACUCCCUUCUAAGUAUGGUAACGACUACGCCAAGGGAAUUAAUGGUGCUAUAAGUGUGCCUAAGGAUAGUACUUUAGAGACACUAAGAGAGAAAACCAGCAAAGUCAUCUGCUAGGUGUCUCUGCUAUUAACAAAAAUACUUACGAUUAUCUAGUACUACAUCCGUCCCAAUAUAUAUAUAUAUAUAUAUAUAUA